AUCGAAAACCGCAAACAUUCACGCGGCACACCCAGCUUCUGCAGUCACUUCGCAACUCACACCUGUAUUUAGUUGAUAAACAACCUCCUUGCCGUGCGCACGUGAAACACGCUUACAUAUAUACGCGCCAUUACGACGUUCGAAAAUUAAAUUUUAUUCGUUGCAUAAAUACGCGCGUUGAUUGGACGCGUCGUUUGAUUUUUUUGUGAAUUAUGUUUUGGAUUCGGUGCAAAGUGACUGUUAGUAAAUAAAACUUUUCUACUUUGAAGCUUAUACAAGUUGGGAGAAGUAGUGAGUGUGAAAAGUGGACACGGCCCGGAACGGGUCGAAUCUCACUUCGCGUUUCCAUAACAGGUCACCGGACGGUUGCGGUCACCCCGCUCUGGGCGCCGGGUUAUUAGACCAUAUCUAUAAUGACGGUGAAAAAGUCAAACCGGUGCGGAGGCUGGGCGGCGAUCGUAGCACGACAGAAGUUACAUAAUGCCAAUCAACAAAUUGACAUCAUGAGUAUAAACAAACAUACAUCACAGCAAGAUUAUAACGUUAUAGUUGGGUUCAAUGAAAAGGAUCAGCUACAGCUACAUACAAAGGAAGAUUCAAACGAUGACGAUAAACAAAAGCUUGUCAAAGAUUACAAUUCUAAAUUUAACAAAUACGAAAAUAUUGCGAUCGAUGACAUUGUUACUUGCGUGAACAUCGAAAAUUAUCCCAAUUGCGAGAAUACUCUAGUCUUUUACGUAGCAAAAAACCUUGGCACAGAAGCUGUGGCGCUCAAAUUUGAGAAUGAACAGGACUUUAAAAGAAUAUAUUUCACAUACAAAUAUUUCAAAAUGCGAAACCGGUUAACGAAGAACUCGGCGCCCUAUUCAAGUAGUGAUAGUUUAUUUUCUAAAAAGAAAUCAAAUGAUUUUAAGAAUAGAAAGAAUAGCGUCGAUGAUUAUAGUAUGUAUGAUAAAAAAUCUGAAUAUGAUUUAAUGCAAACAACUGACAAUGAUGGUGUAACGCAUAUAUCAGUCCAGCAAAAGAAUUUAAAUUUAAGAUAUGAGCAACCUUUAAGUCUUAUUGGAAUAAAAAAUGAUAUGACGGAUGCCGGUGAAAUAGACAGUAUAAUAUACACGGAUAUUGAAAUUCCAGCUAAGCCUCAGAAAAAGAAGUUAUUCAAUAAGAAAUCAAAGGCUCCCUCGCCGCCGCUGCUUCCCACGAAUAAAGAAACGCCAAAGGUAUUAAAAGGUGAAUUUGUUAGAGUGAAUGUUGAUAGAUCUCCCGACGUUAUACCAAAAGACAAUAAGCAAAACAAAAUGCCAGAUAUAUUGAUGUUUCGAGAUAAAUCGAAAAGGAGCAGUCCACCUAACAGUAUAUGGACGAAUAAUAAAGCUACCACCGGAUACGACUCUGAUCGAGAAGAAUGGAGGAGUAGCCGGUCUCAGUUUUCGACAACGGCUUUCGAUAGCUUGGCCAGGCCAACCAAAACAGCAAUGGCCCUCACUCUAAGGAAACCUCAACGACUAGAACCCGUACCACAAUAUUAUCGACUCACUAACGAGAGUAAGACAAAAUUAACACCACUACCAUUCCGACCUAACAAUUACCUUCCGAGGCAACCGAGACUACCGCGGCCGAAUCCUGAAAUAAAAAGAAACCUAACCACUGACCAUCGGAUGUAUGCAUCCUUGCAGAGUUUAGAAAUACCGAAAAAAUUGAGUGAGCCCAAGAAGAACGAUGUGAGGAAGAUGAAUUACACCAAUGUAUCAAACAAGAUUACUGGUCUGACAAAUAAGCUUAGAGAUUUAGGGAAUGGUAAUACAAUAGGACGCUUUAAAGCUCAAUCUCACGGUGACGUUGCCAAUUUGAAGCCAGUAUUAAAGACAAACGGACAUGAUGGAGCGAAACGGUCGGUCGUAAGGACUUGCAGCAUAGAACCACCAAAGAAAGUUACUUUCAGUGCAUUUGCGACCGUUCAAGUAGUUUGAAGAAUUAAAACUAAAAUGCCUGAAACGCUACCGUGUUCAGAGAACAUAUUUAAAGAUAUGAUAUGCAUGGUGGUACUUAUGUAAUUUAGAUAAGCGAUAUGAAAGCAGGUCGGGAUGUGUGUAAAUAUAGAGAAAAAUUAUGUUUUUGUUCGUACUUAUUAAUUGUAAUGCAAUAACAAUUCGUUUAAUAUCGUUAUGGUCAAUUAACUGCUGUUGCAAGAACUGUACUAUUUUAUACAAUUGUAUUUAUUUGAAUUAUAAUAUUGUGAUACUUAAUGAAACGAAAGAAAAUCAGUAAAAAAAUGUGUUUCAUUAAAGUAACUAAUCUUGUUUGAAAAUUUCGAAUAAUUUUUUUUUCUAUGAUUCAUGAAAAUCUGUAAUUGAAACUAUCUGUAGACAUCGUUUGUGAAGGUAAUAUUUGAAGGGUCGUAUUUUAAAGUUUUCACGAAAUGUUUUUGCCAUAGAAUUUAGUCGUGGUAAGCUCCUAAAGUUUUAGUGUCAUGGCUUUACCAAAUAUAUUGAUGUAAUGAAAUGCCACCAAUCUUUGUGAGAGAGAUUGUCGUAGGUCAGUUUCAGAUGUAUGGAAAUCUGAAAUAUUGUUAUUUAUUUAUUCUUAAAGAAUAAUUAUUAUAAGCAGUAGUCUGUGUACUUACUGAUAAAUUGAAUUAUUGUAUCGUAAGUAAGGCUGAAAAUAAACUAGGGACUUGUUAUAUUUUAGUUUUGUAUCUAAUAUGUAAAUUUUGACGCACCUUAUGAUUCUGUUAACAAUAAAAAAAUCCUUUUAAUAUUGUAUCAAUUGCACAAUGCUAAAGCACAACACUCACGUUUAGUUUAUUAAUAUACUUCCAUUGUUUAUUGAAUUAUCAUGCAUUAUAAAAUUGUACCUAUUUACGACAUUAGCUAAAAAGCGCACGGCGAAAAAAGAAAUGAAGUUAUUCUCAUAGGCAAUUCCAGAGAAUAGCGAUAAUUAAUUCGUUUAGUAAUGGGAUUAUCAAUUUAACAAAACAGAACUUUAAAGACUUAACAACUCGAUAAUAAAAUCCGAAUUACACCAUUUGGAAAUUGGCCACCAUACUUGUAAUUGCUAGUCGAUAAAAUCUAAAACUCCUGCAACAAAAAUAAUAUAAAA